AUAAAGCCAACAGCAGAGUCAGAGAUCCAUGUAACGUUACUUCAGCCUGGACUGUCCAGAGCUACCUGCUGACCGUCUGUCAUCUAUAUCCUCCUCCGGCACAUGACUAGCGUUAAAUCCGGAGGACGAGUCGGCUUCAGACACCGACUCUUCAAACGGACCAGGAGACUUGUCCUGAAGCUGUGGGCGGUGUGCAGCCUCUUUGCUCUCCGUGUCUCUUCAGCCGUGGAGCAUCAUGGCUUGGUUUACAUUUCCUGCUGACAACCUGCUGUGCAGGUGUCUUGGCAUCUUCAUCACUGUCUGGUUGACUCUUCUGUUUGUCUUCAUAAUUGUGCCAGCUGUACUUGGAGUCUCUUUUGGUUUCCGCAGACUAUACAUGAGGACACUUCUCAAGAUCUUUGAGUGGACAACCUCACGAAUGGAGAUGGGAGCAAAGGAAAAAAAUCAGCAACUCUAUAAACCAUAUAGCAAUGGAAUCAUAGCCAAAAAACCACCAUCGUCCUUACAGCAGGAGCUCCUGGAGCUCCGGGGUUCUGCCAGCUGUUCGCGCACGGAGCCAGAGUUUGAGAUGGCUGAUAUCUUCUACUUCUGCCGGAGAGGUGUGGAGAGCAUCUUGGAUGACGAGGUGACCAAGCGCUUUUCUUCCCAGGAGCUGGAUAGCUGGAACUUGCUGACUCGAAGCAACUACAACUUCCAUCAUAUCAGUCUGAGACUUACUGUCAUGUGGGCCGUUGGAGUCCUGCUCCGCUACGGCGUCCUGCUGCCUCUCAGGGUUACUCUGGCAGUCACUGGCAUUGGUCUGCUUGUGGUCCUGACUACUUUGCUGACCUUUUUACCAAAUAGAGAGUUAAUGCUCUACCUGAGUGAGAAGAUUCAUUUGAUGUGUUACCGCAUCUGUGUGAGAGCUCUCACAGCAAUCAUCACCUAUCAUAACAGAGAGAAUAAACCAAAGAAUGGCUGUAUCUGUGUGUCCAAUCACACAACACCCAUUGAUAUCAUCAUCUUGGCCAAUGAUGGCUGCUACUCUAUGGUUGGACAGCUGCAUGGAGGGUUGAUGGGAAUGGUACAACGAGCCAUGGUCAAAUCCUCUCCUCACAUCUGGUUCGAACGAUCAGAAGUCAAAGACAGACACCUAGUGGCCAAACGGCUAAGUGAUCAUGUUGCUGACAAAACUAAACAGCCCAUCCUGAUCUUCCCUGAAGGUACUUGCAUCAACAACACAUCAGUGAUGAUGUUCAAAAAGGGCAGCUUUGAAAUUGCUUGCACAGUCUAUCCAGUCGCCAUUAAGUAUGAUCCUAGGUUUGGGGAUGCUUUCUGGAACAGCAGUAAGUUUGGCAUGGUGAAUUAUCUGCUGAGGAUGAUGAGCAGCUGGGCCAUCGUCUGCAGCGUUUGGUACCUGCCGCCUAUGAACAGAGAGGAAGGGGAGGAUGCGGUGCAGUUUGCCAACAGGGUGAAAGCAGCCAUAGCUGCACAAGGAGGAUUAGUGGAUCUCAUUUGGGAUGGAGGUCUGAAACGGGCAAAAGUGAAAGAUGCUUUUAAAGAGGAGCAGCAGAAACUUUACAGUAAAGUUCUUGUAGGUGAGCAGGACGAGGGGGACCAAGGUGACAGCACACAUUUAGAGAUUGAAAAUCCAGAUGAUUCAACAAAAGGACAAUGAGGACACAGUGACUAUAUGCCAUUAUGAAUACAGAAUCUUACAUGUGAUGAUAGAUGUAAAUGAUCAGAAGUAGGAAUGUAUAUUGUUAAUUAAUGUAAAGCUGCCUUCACAUGACAGGAAAUGUACUCUUUGCUUCCGCGUAGUCGGACGGCACCGCUCUUCCCAUAGGAAGACAACAGCACAGCCAGCGCAGAGCAGCUUUACCGCUGAUCGUGUGAAGGCAGUUUAACUGUUAUUUUUACCAGACUCUGAAGGAAAGUAUUUUUAUGUUUUCAUAUUUAUGUUUUUAUUAAAUCUAUAUUUAUUUACAUUGUUUGUAUGAUUGAAAUUAGGAGAAUGGUUACACUUACAGUACAGAAAGCUCAAACAUUGAGAGACAAAUGCUAAUAGGCCAGUUUGUCUUCUUUUUUAUUUUGAUGGAUGUUCAUUGACCAAAGUCCGAUAGUGACCUAAAUUGUCCUGCCUAAAUUGUCAUGCAAUGUGAGCUUGUUGUAUAUCUCAUUAAAACUCAUUCUCUUCUAAAAACAUUUGUAAACAAUUCAAAUGUUAACAGGUGCACAGCCAAUAAGAAAGUUGGGACUAUUUUCAGUGCCUAGUACUACAGUCGUUACAUCACAGGCAGACAGUGGCAGUGCCAACAUUUGUGCGUCACAUUGCUAAUUGGCUCAAGGCUCUAUACGCAUCUUUGCCCUUAAUCUUUGUUUGGCACCAGGGAGCGGUGAAAGUGAGAUCAAACAUGUUCAGGCCUUGUUUGUCUCAGGUUGUUAGGAAAGUCUGUCUUUGAAGGAGUGAUGCAAAUCGAAUAGAAUUUGGCCAGAACAUUUUCAUUUUGUUCCCUUUUUUCAACAGCAGGAGUCAGUGUUUAGACAUAAUCCAUUGUGCAUUUGAUGGCAUGAGAAACAAAUCUACAAAUCAAGAUAAGACAGCGGUUUGAAAUAAAUACAUUUUCCAUACCCGUGUAAUCAAACUCAUGAGAAUUGAGGGUUUAUUGAGGUAAAUGCAGGGAAUCCACUCUGAAAAAGGUGUCCAGUUCAUUAAUGGGCUAAAACAGAUUAAAAAAACAAAACACAGUUCAGGUAUUUUAGAACAAUCCAUGCAGACACUGACACUGCAGCCUGAUUAAGAGUCAAACUGGAGCUGCCUGUGAAACUGAAUACAACCUAUCAGGUGUUGCAGGCUUGUCAGGUAUCCUGUCCUCUCUCCACGUGACAACUAGAGCAGAGUUUUCAGACCAAGAUGACCUACUUAAAGUAGGAGUAGAUAGAACAUACUUAAAUGAUCGUAAACAUGUCUUUAAUUAAAAGAUUUAACCAACCA